AUGCUGUGUAACUCGGGAAGGAGGACAAAAAACAACGCACAUCAGUUAAAAACUGGAUUCAUGGAGAACGGCGUGGACCCUGAGGUAAAUGAAUGCAAGGCGCCAAGAGAGACACCGAAAACCAGACACAAUGGGUCUACAGGACAUUCCCAUGGGCAGCACGCGCCACCCCAUCCGCCAAGGGUUCGACCGCGGCUGGUCUUCCACACACAGCUAGCCCACGGCAGCUCGACUCAACGGAUCGAAGGUUUCACCAAUGUUAAGGAACUUUAUGCUAAAAUUGCGGAGGUGUUCAACAUCUCUCCAACAGAGGUAAAACAUGUUUACAUGUCAUGUAGAUAGAUCUAGGUUUACCAAAGCAGUGUCUGGUAUAAAUUAUUAUAUUUUUGUAGAUUUAGGUUUACGUGUUCCUGGGCUUGUCUUCAUAACGCAAGGUAACAAAUUCCCAUACUAUUUAAAUAUAGCUGACGCAGUGAAUUUGAAAGUAAACUAAGCUGAGAAUAAUAACGUAUUGUAUUUGUUUGUGCUGAAUGCUGCAUUUUUUUUUAACUUUCUAACAUAAAAUUCACAUCAUGAAAAUAAAAUACAAGAUCACUAGAAAAUGUUCAAACGGUAAAUUAUAUGCAUAGAAUAUGAAGACGAAAGUUCAUAUUUGGGUAAAUAUGUAUCAUUUAAUAAAAAAAAAGACUCAACCUAAUAUUUUAUAUAGAGUAAGCCAGCAGGUCAUCAAAGGGUUGUAUCUAGUGGUGGGUUGCAGAUAAAAAGCCCUUUAAUUCAGAAUGAGUUCCAAAGUAUCUACAUUUAAAGGGACACUCCGCGUACCAUAAGCACUUAUGCAAACUAAAUGCUUAUUGUGGUAGUUCUUCUAGGAAGCUGUAGAUGCAGUUCCUUAGAACUGGAUAUGUAACAAUGAGGAUGAUGCAAGUUCUUGUAUCACGUGAGCAUGUACUGCGUAUGUCUGAAUGACAGGAGCCCUUACUGUGUGCUCACACCUUACAAGAAUUUGGAUAAAUGAUGAGAAUAUGGGUUUGGGGUUCUGGAGAAUCACCUGGCUUUUGUCAAUCAGAUCUAAAUUCAAAAAAAUUUUUAAAUAGGGUUGUAUGCAUAGCUUCCUAGCACCAUAGCCUAUACACUUGUAGUGCAUUGGUUAUGGUGUUUGGAGUGACCCUUGCAUUGGCUUCCCUGAUGCAUCAUUUGAAUAUUACAAGCACUUUCCACCUGCUGUUGAAGAAUUUAUCUGGGAAAAUCUUGCCCUUGGAAUGUUCUCUCCAUUAACCCAGCAAUUCAGCAUGUUCAGCAAUCCUUAAUAAAUAACAGCAUUUAUGGGCCUACCUUUACUGAGUUACUAUUGACAUGUAGAUUCUGUGUUGGCGAUACAUUGCACAGGCAUGUUUUAUAAUAUCUUUGAACUUCAAACUCCACCUAAAAUAUGAAAGAACAAGCAAAACAUGUCUUUAGCGUCAGCAUACCUCCCAAGUGUCCCUAUUUAGGAGGGACAGUCCCUAUUUUGGUCCCAAAACCCUCUUUUAUGACCUAAUGUCCCUCUCUUCCUGGGAGCUUCAUAUAGUUGGUGUGUCUGAGUUUAUAGGAGAGCUCCACAGCAAUAAUACUCCCAGUAAUGUGUCUUUACACUAAAAUAAAUGUGUUUAGAAAUCAGUCUGUGAAAAUAAGAUACAUUGUGCUUGUUCUAAAUUAGAUUUUAGUUUAAUUUACAUUGUUAUUACUAAGUCACCUAGAAUUUCUCCGAAGAGCCCCACUCCUGGCCACACCCCACUCACACCCUUAAAAUUAAAAUGUCCCUCUUUGUCCAUUUGAAAUGUUGGGUGGUAAGCAUCAGAAUUAUCAGCUUUUUUAAUUCACACAAGAACACGGUUUAUUUUAAUGUUCUUAUUAGAUGCUAUUGUUUGAGUAUAUUAUAUAAUAUCUUGAUAAAUACUUAAUAUCAAAUAGCCUACAAUAACUAAAACCGCCAGUAUAUUCACUUCAUACACAGCUGUCUGCAAUGUCUAGCUUCACAUAUUCAGGUUUUCUCGAUAAACUGGAAAUUGUCAGGAAUUCUUCAGGGAUGUUUCAAACGUAUUGGGCCAAAAUGUUUACUUUAUGAAAUGGGAGAGGCAAGGAGGGUAUAGAGUAAUUGGCUUAGUUACAGAAAUAGAGGACGAAACUGGUGAUGGUGGAGGAAAGUUGUAUCACAGAGGUGGGAUUGUUUUAAAAAAAAAAAAAAGCUGGAGUGACAGGGGACAAUUGAAUAGGUAAAAGGAGAAGGAUUUUAAUAGAGAGGGGUUCAAUGUUAGGUAGACUAAAGGCUUGAGGUGGGGAGCAAUAGUGGAACAUAUGUGAUGGAGGUUGCUGUGGGUGAAUAAAAGUCAAGUGGGUAUCAAAUUUAAAUUAAAGGGAUACUCUAAGCAGCAAAAUCAAAACAACUUUAGGCUAAUGAAGCAGUUUGGGUGUUUAGGUCAUACCCCUGCAGUCUCACUGCUCAAUUCUCUGCUAUUUAAGAGUUAAAUCACCUUUGUCUCUGUUUAUGCAGCCUUAGCCACACCUCCCCUGGCUGUGACUCACACAGCCUAUUAAUUUGUUUUGUAUUUUUAAUCAAAUGUGAUAGCACAGUAUGUUUAUUUUAGACAUUUUUUUUUAUUUCUUGCUCGGUUAAUUUAAUUUUAUUCACACAAGGAAGGCUCCUGCAGGCUUAAGAAGGCUAUUAACAGAGUAGGAGAUAAAACAUUUAAAAUUAAACAACAUUUGCAAUAAAGGAAGUUUAAACAUUAGAUCUCUCUUUACAGUAAAUGUGUAGGGAGACAAUUUAGGUUGCAUGCGGGGAGGUGUGGCUAGGGCUGCAUAAACAAAAACAAAAGUGAUUUAAAGGACUACUAUAGUGCCAGGAAAACAAACUUGUUUUCCUGGCACUGUAGGGUCUUUAGGUCCACCCUCCCACUGAGCUGAAGGGGUUAAACUCUUACCUUUCUCCAGUGCUGGGCUCCCUCGGCACUGGGGAACUCUCCUCCCUCUUCUGACGUCAGCGCAAAAUGCGCAUACGCGGCAAGAGCCGCGCGCGUAUUCAAUCAGUCCAUAGGAAAGCAUUUCUCCAUGCUUUCCUAUGGAUGUCAGCGUCUUCUCACUGUGAUUUUCACAGUGAGAAGCGUGGAAGCACCUCUAGCGGCUGUCAGUGAGACAGCUACUAGAGGCUGGAUUAACCAUCAGUGAAAAACUGCUAUGUUUACAGCUGCAGGGUUAACCCUAGAUGGACCACGCACCUAGACUGCUUAAUUGAGAUAAAGUGGUCUGGGUGCCUAUAGUGGUCCUUUAACGCCUUAAUGGCAGAUAUUUUAGCAGUGAGACUGCAAGGGCAUGAUCUAUACACCAUAACUGCUUCAUUAAGCUAAAGUUAUUUUGCUGAUCAUUGUUUCAUAUAGGUAUUGACCUUUGAAUAAACUAGGGUUAUAGAUAUUGUAUAAAUAUAUCCAUUGGGUGCAUUUAUAUAUUUUGAAGUCUGUUUCUUAAUAAUUAGUUUUGUUUGCAAAAAAAACCUAAAUUACUCAAAACUGCUAUUUCACUACUAUUUCACUACUUUUCCUGUACUUCCUUUCAGAAGUAUGUAAACAUUUUAUGAAUCUGAUGGCUUUUUUGGCUUUCUUAGAUCUUGUUUUGUACGUUAAACACGCACAAAGUAGACAUGCAGAAGCUUCUGGGAGGUCAGAUUGGACUGGAGGAUUUCAUAUUUGCUCAUGUGCGAGGUGAAACCAAAGAAGUGGAGAUUACCAAAACAGAGGAUGCCCUUGGUCUGACCAUCACUGACAAUGGUGCUGGGUAUGCCUUUAUUAAGGUGAACUUUUCUACAUAUAUUAUUUACAAUCUUGAUUAAAAGAACACUCUAAGUAUCAUACCCACUGCAGCGCACCCUGGUGUCCUACCAGUGUAGUCAAACUAUAUACAAACAGUUUGACCAGUUUACCAGAGGUUGCUGGGCGUUCGUCACAGCCUCCAGAAGAGCUGGAAGAUCUAGCAUGGAGCUUCUGUUAGCUCCUUAAGCUAAGUCAUUCAGUGCAGGACCUUCAAUACCGUAUUAGCUCAGAGCAGAGAUCUUUCAGCUCUCCUGAAAGAGUUGACCAGCCCCUUGGAAACCCCUUGAUUUGACUACAUAUCCUGGGAGGGCUCUGGGGCACUUCUGACACUAUUACCACUACUGCGUGCUGUGUUCCUUGAAAUCUUAAUCUGAUUAUAGCUGCUCCUUUCAUGGACGGUACCUCUGCCGUGAUUGCUCUUUAAUAUGAACUAAUUAGUGAGGUUAUCUUGCAAUCUAACCACUUAAUUUCAGGCGUCUUUGUAGUUUGAAAGUUACAAUGAGACCCGUCAAGGGGCAGUCAGUGUUUGAAUUUCAUGUGUUGGAAGCUGGAAAAAGAGGCAAGUGAAAAGACCUGAGUGACUUUGACAAGGUCAAAUUAGUGAUGAUUAAAUGACUGGGUCAGAGCAUCUUUAAAUGAGCAAGUUCCUGGUAUGCAGUAGUUACUGGUUAGUACCUUCCAAAAGUGGUGCAAGGAAGGACAACUGGUAAACUGGCAUCAGGGUAAUGGGCACUCAAGGCUCAUUGAUGAGCGUGAGGAACGAAGACUAGCCAUUCUUGUCUGUUUACACAGAAGAGCUACUGUAGCUCAAAUUGCUUUAAAAACUUGAUGCUAGAUAUGAUAGAAAGGUGUCAAAACACACAGAGCAUCGCAAUUUGCUGCAUAGGGGGCUUCAUAGCCGCACAGCCAUCAGAGUGCCAAUGAUGACCCCUGUCAACUUCCCAAAGUGCCUUAAAUAGUGACAAGAGUGUGUGAAAGAAGGUUGCCUGGUCUGAUAAAUUACAUUUUGUUUUAGAUCAGGUGGAUGGCCAGUUGAAUGUGUGUCGUUUACCUGGGGAAGAGUUGGCAGCAAGAUGCACCAUGGGAUGAAGGCAGGCUGGCAGAGACAGUGCUAUGCUCUGGGCAAUGUUCUGCUGGGAAACCUUGGGUCCUGGCAUACAUGUGGGUGUUACUUAGAGAUUGUGUAGACCAUGUACACCAUUUCAUGCAAUGGUGUUCCCUGAUGACAAUGACCUCUUUCACUUGGAUAAUGCACCCUGCCACACUGCAAAAAUUGUUCAGGAAUGGUUUGAGGAACAUGACAAGUACAAGGUGUUGCCAUGGCCUCCAAAUUCCUUGGAUCUCCAUCCGAUUUAACACUUGUGGGAUGUUCUGGAACAAUAAAUCCGAUCCAUGGAGACCUAACCUCGUAACUUGCAGGACUUAAAGGAUCUGCUGCUAAUGUCUUGGUUCCAGAUACCACAGGACACAUUCAGAUGUAUUUUGGAGUCCAUGCUCGACACAUCAGAGCUGUUUUGACAGAACGAGAGGGACACAAUAAUAGGCAGGUGGUUUUAAUGUGGCUGAUCAGUGUAUACAGAAAGAUCAAUAACGCUAAAGCUUAGCACAGUUAGCAGUUUUAUUUCCCUGAUGGUGGCCUUGAUAGAGUAAAAGGAUAAUAUGAUUUCUUAAUUCUUUUACUUUUUCUUUCUUCAGAGGAUUAAAGAAGGCAGCAUUACAGACCGGCUUGAGUCUGUAAAUGUGGGAGACAACAUUGAGGCCAUAAAUGAACAAACCAUCGUAGGAUGUCGGCACUACGAAGUGGCAAAGAUGCUGAGAGAGUUACCAAAGUCAGAGACCUUUACUCUGCGUCUAGUCCAACCGAAAAAAGCAUUUGGUGAGUUUAUUGCAAAAGGGAAAAGGGGAAUCUUUUAUCUUUGUAAAGAAUUUUUACAAAAAAUAAUAUGCUUGGUGGUGGUAUGCUGCCUUGACUAAGGGGUAAUAGUUUAUGAAGCCAUUAUUUUCUUUCUAUUUAUCAAUCCUAGCAAAAAUAUGUUUUUUAAAUAAGCAUAUAGGCAUUUGUUUGUGCAUGUCAUCUAAACGUUCCUAUAUAUUUCAAAGAAUCGUUUUAGUUGGAAGUAGAAAGAUGGGGAUUUAGAAGAGGGCAACACCAUUUUCUUAAACUUUAUAUAUGUGUUUACUAUAGUUUUAACACACGUUCUUCAAGCUUGCAUGGAAGCGGAGCUAUUUGAAACACUCACAUGUAGAGAGCUAUAUCACAAAUACAUUUAGAUGCAAAGUUAAGUAAAUCCUUUGAGGGUUGAACUCCCCUAAUGUGUAUUGCAACUCUCCAGUCUUCCACGACCCUAUGGUCAAACCAUUAGUUACUAACAAGUCUUCCAGAUCAACCUCGGCCUCUUACUUCUUUAAUUAUAAAAUUGGCAGAAUUAUUUCACGUGCAGGAGUCAUAUGACUCUUGUAAACAAACUGGGGUAUCAAAUUCACUGGAAAUUGUAAAGCACUGAGGAACAGAAAUGUGGGAUAAACCUACAUGUCUUUGUAGCAGACUUCCGUCAUUACAUUCUGACCGCGCAGUCAACUGUGCAUUUCACGGGCCCUAAGCUCUGGCAGAACUGGGACGUGCCAUGGAUGUCAUCAUCCACCAUGUAGUACAAUCUGAACGCAUUUUUUUUUUAAUAAGGGGAAGAUGGUGUAAUACACAUAUGUAAAGGACGGCUGUCAAUUGCCAUGAUUUUUUUAAAAUCUCCCUUUAUUUAACAAAUAUAAAUUUAUUAUGUCUGAAAAUAAAAUUAAAGAUUUUUUAACAUUUCAAAAUUCUAUCACUAUCCUGGAACUGUGCAUAUCCAGCUACACCCUGCCAUUGUUAUAAGCUCUGUCCUUGCACUUGUUAACAUUCAUGUUAGCUGUCAGAACUGAACUAAAUUGUAACAUCAAUUGCUAAAUAUUCCAAAUAUAUUCAAACGAAAUAAGAUUAAUACAAGGUAUAGGUGAUUUUAUUAUUAUUUUUUUUCUUCAAUGCUAUAAUGAGAUUUGAUGGUUUUCCAUUUAAGUGUGUAAUAUGUACAAUUCACCACUAGGUGGAGCCAUACCUUUGUGCUAUCAUUUUAACCGUGCUCCGAUAUAUAGUCCCAAAGUGAAUCUAUUAUCUGCUGAAACAUUUCUGAUAUUUUGUGUAACGUACAGUUUUUCUUCACCUGUCCACAUUCUGCCAUUAGUCUUUUGCAUCGCAGUUUUAACCCACAACUUCUGGACACAACUUCUGAAAUAGAAAGGAACCAUGACAGAAUAUUUCCAUCAUGUGUCCUUAAGGGGGUUAAAUAUUCUGAGCCCAUAAACAUGCAGUCUCAGAUAACGGUAUUUACUCCAAAGGUGGGAUUUUAGAUCCGGGUCAUGAAGCAGCUUAGAACAUAAACAUCCAUCUAAAUGUGUUCCCGAGUAAUUUGUUUGAUAGCUAUUCCAUAAUACUAGAGAUUUAUUUUUUGUCAUUCCCUCCUUCCAACUUUUUAAGUUGACAAAGAGGGACACGUACCCUUACCUAUAGAGCUCUAACCAACUCUAGCCCUCUUACAUUUAUUCACUGAUUCACUAUCGGUCUCUCCGCUCUACUGGUGACCUUCUCCUGUCUGCUGCUCGCACCCUUACUGCUAAAGCAUGCUUGCAGGCCUUCUCGCAAGCAGCUCCUUUCCUUUGGAACAGACUGCCUACCUCCAUCAGACUUCCUUUAAGAAGUCCCUGAAAACUUCAGGAUUGCUCAUGGCCUCCAAGAGUAACUUCUAUCUCUCAAAUCUUCCUCUCAAUCUCUCCUAAAGGGCCCACUCCACCCUCACCUCCAGUUCUGCUACAUUCCCACCAUGUCUAUUUGCUGUCUCCCUUAAUACUCUUCCUAUUGUGUUUUUAUACCCCACCUCCUCUAGACUGUAAGCUGGUUUGAGCAGGGUCCUCAACUUCCUAUUGUUCCUGUUACAUUUCGUUAUUGUCUCAUUUGGUAAAUUCCCCUUUUAUUGUAAAGCGUUGAGGAAUAAGCUAACGCUAUAUAAAUACCAAUAAUAAUAAUACUUUAGUGGUGGGGGUGGGGGCGGUGCUGUUCUAAGGUUUAGGUUACUUACCAAAAACAAUUUAUGCAACUAAAAUGUAAUUUAGAACAAGUACAAUGUAUCUUAUUUACGACUGAAUACUAAACACAUUACUAUAGUUUAAAACACAUUACUGGGAGUGUUAUUACUGUUGUGCUCUGUUAUACACUCAGACACACUAACAAUGCUGAGCUUAUAGAUAAGAGGGACAUUAGGAUAGAAAAGAGAGACAGAGGGAUUUGGAUCUAAAAAUAGGGCCACUUUGGUUGUACGCAGUUCUGUGACAUCAAGAACAAGAACUGUGUGAGAUUGCAGCCCACAGACCCUGCAUGAUAGUUGCCUUAGGGGCACUUGCCCCCUGCCCUGCUUAGCAGCCCUCCGAAGUUUAGACUAGCGAGCAGACAAUAUAAAUAAAUCAGAUUAGAUGUUUACUAUAUCAAGAGACCCCAUUUACUCACUCUGACAUCUCUAAUUUUUGGAGUGGCACAAACAACUUCCACUUCUCUAUACAUGUUAUAUUAAAAAGAACUGCUAAUGUUGACACCUAUAUACUUUCAACUGUUACAUUGUAUUGCUUUUGAUUGCUAGGAAUGUUGAUGAGAUGAGAAUUUUUCCUUAUCUCCGAUGACCAAGACGGGAAGUGGCUUAACUGUCCCUGGGACAGGAAGUAUAAUGCAAUGUAGGCACUAUGACAAGGGAUUGAUUAAAGACACUUUGAAAGCUAUCCAGUGGGCGUUGAACCCGAACGAAUUCAAGUGACAUAAGUUUCCCUUCCAUUCUUACUAUGAUUCAGCCUUUAAUAAGAACAGAACUGAAUCACUGGGAUUCUUCUUGCGAUAUAUAUAUAUAUUAUUUGUAUCUAUGUUUGUACUGCUUUGGAAUUUUAAAUUAUAUUCCCAUAAACAGCAUUAACAUCCACUUGAACAUAAUCCUGUGUGUGGAUAAGAGGGUGAACACAAAUGGUCCCAAGAAUUCUGAAGAGCUAAAAUUCAUACAUAACGACCCAAAAAUAUUUGUUCCUGAUUUUAGCUCUGUGUUCACUCUGUAUCACUUGUCAAUUAAUAGAUAUCAACAUCAGUCCAUAAUGACCCACAGUAUGUGACUCAUCUAAAGAAUAACUAGGAUUAACUGUCUCAGACACUUUUUUCGUACCCUGAUGAGUGUGGAACUAUUUUACGUCAAGUUUGACACGCCAAGUCUAUAAAAGGGAAAACGAAAAGCAAACUGAACACAAAGUAAAAUCUGUGAACCUGCUUACUAAACCUUUACCACGUGCAUUUAUGAUUAGAUUGUAGUUUCCCUUGAUUUAGAAGCCAUAAACCAUGGUUGUGUAGCUGGGAGAUUUGAUACAUGGGCAGACAUCCCAACAUGCAGAAACUCAUUUCAGGAUGGUGGCUUUUCCAGCCACUGUGCCACCCCCACCUGCCAAUCUCGGGGGGGCACUGGUAGUGGGUUGUAGUGAAGGACAGAGCUAGUAGUGAAAGGUAUGGGCUGUAAUUGGGGGGUUAGCAAAUGUAGUGUGGGAUAAGGGCUGUAGUACGGGGGUUAGGAACUGAAGUAGGUGGGUGACUCCAAUUGGGGAAAGGGGCUGUAGUGUGAGGGAUAGGGACUGUAGAGGGGGAUUAGGACUGUAGUCGGGGAAUAUGGUAUGUAAAAGGGAUGUUAGGGGCUGUAGUACAGGAUAAAACCUGCAAGUAGUGGGAUAGAGGCGGUAGUGGGAGUAAUAGGAGAACCAAUGUCUGCCCCCAUACCAUCCAUAUCUCCCCCCAAUAUCUUCCACUCCCCCAUUCCAUCCAAAUCUUCACCAAGAGCUGAAGUGCUCUGGGUGACUAUAGUGGUCCUUUAAUGUUAAACUGCUUGACAAUGGUUUAACACUAAAUGAAGGGAAAGUGUCAGGAGGUUUUAGGCAAAAUAAAUAACCCACCUUUGAAAUGAAAUGGUUAAAGUGCUACAGUGUCCCUUUAAAGAAGACUCAUCAUUUACAUCAUGAUACAUAUUUUCAAUGGUACAAAAAAAAAGCUUAUCAAUAAUAGCAUUGUUAUAAACCCUGUAAUGUCUGCCACGCUGAAUGUUUAGGAAAGUUCGGGUGUGAGAAGAAUUGUAUCUGAAUCAAAUGUGCAGAAAAACAACAAAAUACAAAACUUUUUAAAUUUAUUUAUGUAUUUAUUUUAUUAAAGGAAAUGAUCACAACUAAAAUCAAAUUGAGCUCUUACUAUCAAAGAUGUCAGGCCUUCUUUACCAUGACAAAUGUUUUCUAUAGAAAGAUGAAAGCUGGGACAAUUGGUUGUGACCUAAAAUUAAAGGCAAAUAAAAAUAGAGGAAAGAGAGUUUUAAUGGUAAAUAUUUCAUAAUACUUCAAGGAAGCUUGGUCUGACAUAUGGCUUCACUGAACUGCAUACACAACGCAAAUUCAAGUGUUUUGUUUUUACAUAUGUUACACAGACACAGACUAUAUAGGCAAGUUUACAAAUCCGGUAAAUCCCAAAGUGCAAGGCGCUUCUCAAUUCAAAUGCGUGAACAAAGAGUGCAGAAAUAAAAAUGAGCAGAAAAUAUUCCAGAUCAAAAUAUGUGUUUGACCAGAGACCCAAAACCCCAAUAUAGUGUUGCACUUUCUAAUAAUUAAAGUGUAUCACAGCAGUGAAAUACAUUAAAACAAGUGUAUACACUAGUGGAAAUAAAAUGAUCCAUUCUUAUGUAAAAUAGUUUAACAAAUCUCCAUAUCCUAAAAUUCCCCCCAAAGGAUAAAACUCACAUCCACCAUGAGCCUAUUCCCUUGCUCUGGGUAAAUCUUGCUUGCAAGGAGAGAGGUAACACCCCACUUGAGACUGUAUAUUGAAGGUGAGUUGGCUGCAGCAAUGGUGUUAUACCUUCAAUUUAUUAUUGUUAAGACAAAUAUUAAAAAGGCUUACAUUAAAACAAAGACAAUGUCCGACGCGUUUUACUGUGCCUCACUGCAUAUUUGUCAGAGAGCAGACAAAAUAACCUGUAAAGGGUUUAGAAAUAAUUUUGCUUACCUUUUUUCCAGAGCUGAGGCUUCCUCGGUGCUGGCUAGGUCUCCUCCUUCCGCAAUGUCACGCUGAUGUUGUGACGUAAUGCGCAUGAGCACAGUGCACUAAGUGUGUAUUCAAGUUUUUCCAUGAGAAAGUAUUGAAUAAAUGCUUUCCUAUGGCUAACAUAGAAGAUGGUAGACGUCCUCAUGCAAAUCGUCAAAACAUCCAACGUAGGAUAGCAGAGUCAAUCUCUAAUCUCCAUUAGGGACCCAGAAGUGCCUCUAGUGGCUCUCUGGAAGACGGUCACUAGAGGUGGAGUUAACCCUGCAAUAUAAUUAUUAUUAUUAUUAUUAUUUUAUUAUUUAUAUAGCAUCAUCAAAUUCCGUAGCGCUGUACAAUGUUUUACAUUGCAGAGAUAAACAGGCUGGGGCAAUGCGCCCAGACCACUUUAAUGAGAUGAAGUAGUGUCCCUUUAAGGCCCAAUUGUAACUUGGAACAACAGUAUUCAACCAGAAAGAGCUUAUGUUUACCUUAUUUCUUUGAUUUCUUCCAUGAAUGAGAUAGGACUAAUAUAAUUGAUUUAUCUUGUUAAGCUCUUUCCUCAAGUAUGUCCCGUCUAGGCCCUUAGGCUCUGCUGAAAACUUACGUCUAUCUUCUGUCCAUACUCCCACCUCUGAUGCUCGCCUUCAAGAUUUCUCGAGGGCUGCACCAUUCCUGUGGAACUCGCUUCCCUCCUACAUUAGUUGCUUACCCAGUCUCCUUUAAAAAAUCGUUAAAAACCCACUUCUUCAUAAAAGCGUAUCAAUUAAACUGUUAAUAGCUCCUGCCUGAUUCCUCUUCUGCAACUGUCACUAGUCUAAUACUAUCCUUACCUUUUUGUGUCAUUUUACCCCACUCCCUCUAGCAUGUAAGCUCAUUGAGCAGGGCCCUCAACCCCUCUGUUCCUGUGUGUCCAACUUGUCUGGUUACAACUACAUGUCUGUUCUUCCACCCAUUGUAAAGAGCUGCGGAAUUUGUUGGCGUUAUAUAAAUUAUUAUUAUUAUGAUAUUUAUAUAGCGCCAUCAAAUUCCGCAGCGCUUUACAAUUAAAUAAUAACAUAAUAAUAAUAAUAAUCUCUCUGUUCUACUAUAGAUUUUCUGCAAAGAAUUUGAUUGUGUUUCCUUUGUAGAUAUGAUUGGACAGAGAUGCAGACCAACCAAAAGCCCAAGUGAAGGAAAAAUGUCAAGUGGGAGAGAAACUCUACGUCUGCGAAGCAAAGGCAUGGCCACCGUGGAGGAAAUGGUAACGUUUAAUGAUUAAUUUUUCAUUGGAAUCAUUGAUCAAUAAAGAGACAGAAUGGUUUAUUACGUAGAGGACACAGUUAUGUGUAUAAUAACCCAGGAACAAGGUGCAAGAGAAUACUGAAAAUGGUCAACAGCUCGCAUAGCUUGCCGUUCGGUGGGUCCCCGUUCAGUUCUCAAGCUGGUUUUAGCUUAUCUUGUGCCAUUACAGAGAGAACCUAAACUAUCAGCAUUUCAAAUUGAUCCACCGCAUAUUUUUUCUGUCACUUUAAAAUGAUCUUCAAAAACAUUAUUCAGUAAUUAAUCAGUAUUAUAUUAAAGGACCACUAUAGUUUGUUUUGCUGGCACUAUAGUAUUAAUAGGUCUCCCCCCACCCUCAUGGCCCCCCUCCCGCCGGGCUGGGGACUCUCUUCCUUCUUCCGACGUCAUCGGCUGAAUGCGCAUGCACGGCAAGAGCCGCGCGCGCAUUCAGUCAGUCCAUAGGAAAGCAUUACCCAAUGCUUUCCUAUGGAUGCUGGCAUCUUCUCACUGUGAAAAUCACAGUGAGAAGCGCGGAAGCGCCUCUAGAUGGACCUGGCACCCAGACCACUUUAUGAAGCUGAAGUGGUCUGGGUGCCUAUAGUGGUCCUUUAACUAGCACAGGAACUUCACUUGUCCUGUGCUUUAUUUGUGUAGGUCAGGGGAAAGGCAAUCUUCUGCACUCCACAACAUAUGGAGUGUCAAAGGUUGCCUACCCCUGGUGUAGAUAAAGGCUCUAGUACUUUUCACUACACACAGAAAUGGUUCUGAUACUCUUCUAUGUUGCCUAUUUUGAUUUUAAAUAAAAAAAAAAAAAAAAAAUAAAGAUUUAAUUAAACAAAAAAAAAACCAUUUGUCGCAAGUACCUCCAGAAUAGAAAGCCCUCUACCAUACCCCCCCCUGUCUUUGUAUCUGAAAUGUAAUUCAAUAAGUAACAGAGAUAUAUAUAUAUGUAUUUUGACGUAUUCUUGUUUCGCAGCCAAGCGAAGGGGAAGAGGAAGCAUCCCGUAAAGUCGACGACUUGCUGGAAAGUUACAUGGGAAUCAGAGAUGUGGAGCUGGGUGAGCAGCAAUUUUUUUUAACAAGAUGCGAUAUUGCAGAGCCGUAUUUAAUGUUUAAUUUGUGUGGUGGAUUGUGUAGUUCAGCAUUUGCUUUAAGGAUUGUUCUAUUAGAUUUUUCAAAUGCUAAAAAGAAAGUUAAAUAAAAAAUAAAAAAAGUAAAACUUUUUUAACUUUUACUUUUCCCCAGCUUUUUAAAUGGUAGAAAGAUAUUUUUGUGUAGUGAUUACAUUUGUUAUUGAAGGAACACUCCAAGCACAUGACUACAGCGCUCUGUAAUUGUUAUGGUACAAGGAGUGACCUUACAAGAGGACAUAGUCUUAAAUUAGAGGGGCAAAGGUUUAAAAAUAAUAUCAGAAAGUAUUACUUUACUGAGAGGGUAGUGGAUGCAUGGAAUAGCCUUCCAGCUGAAGUGGUAGAGGUUAACACAGUAAGGGAGUUUAAGCAUGUGUGGGAUAGGCAUAAGGCUAUCCUAACUAUAAGAUAAGGCCAGGGACUAAUGAAAGUAUUUAGAAAAUUGGGCAGACUAGAUGGGCCGAAUGGUUCUUAUCUGCCGUCACAUUCUAUGUUUCUAUGUUUCUUACGCCCUCUCAUUGUAAGUAGUCAAACUUCUAAUGGUUUGACUUGCUUCCUUGUAUCCACUGGGAAUGGUCACUUAGUCUUAGCCGUGCAGGUCCAGAUCGGUGGCUGAGUGUGACAGCUGAUAUCUGUCAGACCUGCACCUCCUGGUUUAGCUUAGUGAACAGCAUUUCCAGCUGUCUGAGAGGAAGUCACUAGUGCAUGUUGGACUCCAGUUAAGAAGUCAAACCAUUAGCAAACAGUUUGACUUCUUACUCCUGGCACCAUAACCAUUACAUUAUACUGUUCUUUAAAAGGGAUAGCCUAAGCAGGGCCGGAUUAACAUAGGGGCUGAUGGAGCUGCAUGUUUAACUUUUUUUUUUUUCACACUACUCUUGGGUUUGCCACCUGACUGGUAUUUUACCAGCACAGCCGAUAUUUGAGGCUGCCUGGCCGUGCCGGUAUUGCAGUAAUACCGGCAAUACAAAUGCAGAUAUUUUUUUCAGUAUAAACAGAGAUUACUUUGCAAUACCAGCACCAGCCAGUAGGGGUCACUGUGUGUGGAGUGAGGCAAGGAUAGGAAGUUACAGCAUAUCCCUCCCUGCCUCUCUCUACUCACUGAUCUGUGGGGGAGCAGCUACACACCACAGAGAGUUCAGACAGCAACUCCCAACCUGCAGAGACAGACUACAGUUCAGGGAAGUGAAGGAUGGGAGGGAAAGGCAGCAGGGACACAUGGGGACACUAGGGGACACUGAGACACAUGGGGACACUGAGACACAUGGGGAUGCUGUGAGACAUAGGGAUCUUAGGAGACACAUUGGGACAUGGAGACACUUGGGACACAGUGUCUCCAUGUCUCCCAGCCAGUGUCCCUAGUAUCUCAAUGUCCCCAUGGCUACCAGUGUCCCCAUGACUACCAGUGUCCCCAAGCCUCUCAGUGUCCAAAGUGUCUCAGUGUCCCCAUGGCCCCCAGUGUCCCCAAAUGUCUGUGUCCCCAUGUCUCACAGUGUCCACAUGUCUCCCAGCUAGUGUCACCAUGUCUCCCAAUGUCCCUAUGUCUCCCAGCCAGUGUCUGUGUCCCCAUGUCUCCCAGUGACCCCACAUUUUUCAGUGUCCCCAUGUCUCCCAGUGUCCCCAUGUCUAUGUCCACAAGUUCCCCCAUGUCUCCCAGUUUCCCCAAGUGUCUCAGUGUCCCCAUGCAUCCCAGCCAGUGUCCCUAGUGUCUCAGUGUCCCCAUGUCUCCCAGUGUCCCCUAGUCUCCAAGUGCCUGUGUUCCCAUGUCUCAGUGUCCCUAGUGUCUUAGCAUCCCCAAAUGUCUCAGUGUCCCCAUGUCUCUGUGUACCUAGUGUCUGUGUCCCCAUGUCUCCUAUUGUCCCCAGGUGUCUCAGUACCCCCAUGUGUCUCAGUGUCCCUGGGUCUCUAGUAUCCUAGUGACACGGGAAACACAGACAUGGGGACACAGGGAGAAAUGAGGACACAGACACUGGGAGACUAGGGGACUGGGCGACAUGGGGACACUGACACUGUAAAACAUAGGGACAUUGAUGCCAGGCUGGCCUUCCAAUUCUUUUUGGGCAUGUUAACCCUACAUCACCAGCUUUCUGCCGUGAGGUUAUUUUAUUCCUAUAUUCAUUAUUCAUGUACAGUCAAUCCCUAAAUUCUUCAUCUUAAAAUAGUAUCUUGCAUUCAACCCUUUUAACCCAACAAACGUCCAAUUUCCAGUUUUCUACCUACAUUAUCCCCUAUCCUCGUUAUGGCAAUCAGCUCUUUAUUAUUAUCAUAUGUGGCUGCUUCCCCCUUCUGACGAGACCAAUCUCGCCACAUUGCAUUGGAGAAGCCUGGUUGCUCGCCUGUUGCCUUUGGAUUAUGGCCCCAUGUUAAAAGGCUUGAUUUGUCCCUGCAAAGACAUGAAAGCCGGGUCAUUUGGUGCUUGCCCUGUUUGAGCGGUGAUACCCCAGAUUGCUAUACCAUGGAGCCCAUUCGUAUAAUGAAAGACUAUGGGAAAGACUUUGGCUCCAUGGCAAUUGAACUGUAUGUGUGUGCUCUGAGCGCCAUUCAGUAAUAAUGUGCGCUCAGAUCUGAGCUAUCUGGGGAUAUGUUGAAUGUACCUGUUUUGUGCAAUGGCUGCACAGUUAUAUGUUUUUAUGUGUUUUAUUUACUUUUGCUGCCAUGUGUUCAAUGGAGUUUUGCCUCUGUCUUGGGAGAUUAUUGGAUUACUUCCCAAUUAUCUCCAGGAUAGAAGACUCUGUGGAACUGGUUUUGGGCAGAAAAGCCAUGCUUCAUUUGGUCACAAAGGACUUCGAUCUAUCUUUUGAACCAAUGGACCAAUUUGGAUGAUUUUGACAUAUGUUUAUAUUUGGAGUAUGCUGAUUCUGAAAAUGUAAGUUAUGUAAAUGUGAUGCAUACUUUUCAAGUUAUGAAUAAUGUGGAAAAACUGUAUUUCUCUGGCUGUUAUAAUUACAUUACCCAUUGUGUAAGGUAAUUGUAUCACAGGCAGAGGGGAGGGUUUUGUGUGGGAGUGUCUGAGUGUAUUGUACAUGUUUAUUGGUUGUUUUCCAAAACCCUGUGGGUGGUACUAAUGUGUAAGAAUGUGUACAUAAGAACAAUAAACCCACAGCUCUGGCUGUUCACUGCUUGACCCUCAACACGGAGCUUUGUCUCGUUCUUGGGGGGAUUUAUUGUAUGCUGUUCCAGUUUGACUGCUAGGAGUGUAAACCUAUUCGUAUGGUUUUUCCUAUUCGGCUGGUUACGGCAUUCAUAUGGUUUCCUGUUCGGCGGAUUGGUGUUCUGCAGUAGCUGUGCCUGUGUCUCUGGAAGGGAAGAUCUACUAAACGGCGGUUUAACCCUUUUAUGCUUAGGGUGCCGUUACAACCCUCACCCUUCAAUGCUGCCAAAAAAGGCUAACACGUCCCUUUUCUAACAUCUCUCUUUGGGCUAAUCGUCAGCAAACGCUUCUUGUAACAUUUAGAAUCUAAUUUAAAAUCCUGUAUCAUACCUAAAAGGAAUCUUCACAUCUGUAAAACAUCUGCAGAACUAUUUAUAAUUUCAGACUAUCAAAAUCUUGAUUAACUUGUUCCACAGUCUACAGCUGUAAUCUCUUCUAUCCGCAGUCCAACUUUCCCUUACACGGAUGUUCUAGAAAUUCGUCACUGUUCUGUCCUAUCACACUUUCUAUUAGUUUUCAUAUGCUUAGAACAAGCAUGUCAAACUUGUGGCCCACAAUGACUAUAUUUGCGGCCCAGCAGAGGCAGCUCUCUGAUUAAGCAAUUUAGGCGGCUGCCUAAGGCAGACUAACAUGUCGGAUCCUCGAUAUAUGAUGCCGGGUGCCAGGCCCUUCCCUCAGUCCACCAGGUGCAGAGCUGCAGACCUAAGUAUCUUGCGAUUUCCAGCCAAUCGGAGCGUUGCCGCGGGUUACCAUGGCAAUGCUCUGACUGGAGAUCAUGAGACACUUACCAUGUGGCAGAGCUGCAGACUGGAUAAACAGACCACAGGACCACCAGGGAGAGUGACACUGGACCAUCAGGGAAAGCUCCCCCUCGGACCACCAGAAAACAGAUUAGGAAAUAAUUUUUAAAAGAAAGGUAUUUCUGAUGGGAAAACCCCCUCCACACUUUAUCACUUCCCCUCCUACACUCCAUAUCCCCCAUCCACACUAUAUCACCCCCUCCACACUAUGUCACCCCCCUCCACGCACACUCUCACCCAAGUCACCCCCUCUCCACACACACACACACACACACAGUCAACCCCACACACCCUGCCACCUUUACAUUAACCCCUCCUGAUCCUGUCACACUCACCCCCUCAAAUAAUGCCGCACUCACCCUAUCACAUAAACCCUCCUAAUCCUGUCACUCUCAUCUUUUCUCACACUGUCACACUCAUCCUCCUUUACCCUAUCACAUUCACCCUGUCACAUUAAGCCCUCCAAUCCUGUUACACUCAUCCUGCCCCUGCCAUGCCACACUGACCCAAUCCUGUCACUCCGUCACGCUUACCUUCCCUCGUCCUGGUACACUCCCUCCUCCAACUGUGCCACACUCACCCCCUCGACCCUGCCACACUCACCCUGCCAUGUUAACGCCUCUAAUCCUGUCAAACUCACCCCUGCACUCUGCCACACUCACCCUGUUAACUAACCCCCUUUAAUACUGUCACAUUCACCUCUCCUCACCCUGUUACACUCACUCCUCCAACCAUACCACAUUCACUCCAACCCUAUUAUGCUGAUGCUCCAACCAUGCCACAUUCACCCUGUCACAUUAACCCCCUAAUCCUGUCACACUUACCUCCCCUCACCUUCUAACACUCCCUCUUCCAACCAUGUAACAUUUACCCUCCCUCAUUCUGCCACACUCACCCAUCCAACCCUGUCUCAUUCAUUCCCUCGCUCUGUCACACACACCCUGCCACAGUUACCUCAUAACUCAUCCUGUCACAGUCACCACUGAAGACAAUCAUCAUACACACAAAGUCAUAAAACAAAGCUUUGCUACAAACACAGUGUACAAAGGCCACAGGCAGCCCUCUCAUAUACACUGUUCCAUAUACAUAUUUUUUUUUAUACUGUACUUUUCUAAAUAAACCAAUGUUUCUAUGAAAAUUGAAGUUUUUGUUUUUUGUGGCCUACAUAAACUUAAACCUUGUUUAUGUGGCCCGUGUAGGCCUUUGCGUUUGACAGUGGAUAUUAUUAUUAUUAUCAUUAUUAUUAAUAUUGGCAUUCAUAUAGCAUACAGACAAAUUGUGCUUUACCUUCUAAACCUUGAGCUUCCGCAUCCUCUUCUAACUCGGAUAAACUCCCUCCUUCACCAACAGUGAUUUUACUUUUUGUUUUUUGAAAUGUUGUAUGUAUGAAGGUACUCACAGCUGGCCACACUACGGAUCUCCAACACUAAUCCCACUGAAAUAUUAAAAUACCUUCGGAGCCAAAAUAGAUUUUAUCUACCUUUUUUUUCAGCCGGGAAAAGAUGACCUACACAGUUUGGACUCUCUAUGGUUUUUGUCAAUCUUGACAAAGACCUAAGAGGAUGGAAAGUGUUUCCAGCCCAUCUGUUGGUGACUGAGUAAUGGACAUAUAAAACCUAUUUUGGCUCUGAAAUUAUUUUAUUAUUACUUUUGCCUUUAAUAGAGGCUGUAUUAAAGGACCACUAUAGUGCCAGGAAAACAUACUCGUUUUCCUGGCACUAUAGGGUCUCUAGGUCCCACCCACCCUCUGGGCCCCCCUCUCGCCGGGCUCUAGGGGGUGGAAGGGGUUAAAUCUUACCUGUUUCCCCCCAUCGGGCUCCCUCGGCGUUGGGAACUCUCCUCCUUCUUUUCUCCAUCAUCGGCUGAAUGCGCAUGCGCGGCAAGAGCCGCGCGCGCAUUCAGCCAGUCCAUAGGAAAGCAUUUCUCAAUGCUUUCCUAUGGACGCUGGUGUCUUCUCACUGUGAAAAUCAUAGUGAGAAGCGCGGAAGCGCCUCUAGCGGGUGUCAAUGAGACAGCCACUAGAGGCUGGAUUAACCCAUAGGUACACAUAGCAGUUUCUCUGAAACUGCUAUUUUUACAGAAAAAAGGGUUAAAUCUAGAUGGACCUGGCACCCAGACCACUUCAUUAAGCUGAAGUGGUCUGGGUGCCUAUAGUGGCCCUUUAAGACUACAAAUGUGCAAUUGGCAAGGUUUCUAUAAAAAUGCAAAGUAACCCUCCUAUAAAUAAAUGGGAGAGUAGCAUUAGCUGAACUUUUUCAGCUACUUUAUGGCCAAAAUAACUAUACUGGAAAAAUUCUCCAAAUCAGCUAUGGUUUCAGUUUCACUACUCUGGCCUUAAAGGGACACUAUAGUCACCAAGAAACCAUUAGCUUAAUGAAGUAGUUUUGGUGUAUAGAUCAUUCCCCUAUAGCUUCACUGCCGAAUUCUCUGCAAUUUAUGAGUUUAAUCACUUUGUUUGUGCAGCCUGAGCAACACCUCCCUUUACAUGACUCUACACCCUUUUUAAACAUUUCCUGUAAAGAGAGAUCUAAUGUUUAAACUUCCUUUAUUGCACAGUAUGUUAAUUUAGAGAUUGUUAUCACCUGCACUGUUUAAAGCCUUCUAGACCCUACAAGAGCCUCCUGUGUGUGAUUAAAGUUUGGUUUACAGAACAGAAAUGUAAGUGAGCAUUUGAUUGAAAAUAUUGGAUGAGUCACAGCCAGGAAGAGGUGUGGCUAAAUUAUCUGCCAUUUAGGAGUUAAAACAAAAGUGAUUUAACUCCUAAAUGGCAGAGAAUUUAGCAGUGAUAAUGCAGUGGCAUGAUCUAUUCACUAAAACUACUUCAGUAGCUCAAGUUGUUUUAAUGCCCAUAGUAUCCCUUUAAGUCUAAAAAUUCACUUUGAAUUCUCAAAACCUCUCACUUUAGAGAGUAACCCUGUCUGUAGGUUUAUGGAGACCCCAAACACAAGCAUUAAUAUGAUACUCUUCUGUUGAGGUUAAACAAAACCAGACUGUCAGCACGGCACAACAUUAGUCAUGCAAACACUAUUAACGUAAUCGUAUUUUAUUUUUUAUUUUUUUUAUAGCGACAUCAUAAUUCAAUAAACAGAUCGCAUUCAUCCGUUAUGUGCAGAAUGUUAGCAUCUAGGUGACUAAACAGAAAACGGUGAUUGUGCAACAACAUUACAAAGAUCAAGAUUCUUCCUCAUGUUCAUUAUAACAGGAUGCAUCAAAUCUAUUUUCAUUGGCACUAAUCGCACACAUUAUCCCACAUUCCAGUAAAAACAAGAUAAUUGAAAGAACUAUGAAGUCGUUUUUUGAAUCUGGUCCAAAAUAAAUCCAAUCAGCAGCUCUCCACAAAUGUAUACAUUGUCACAUCGUUUUAGGUUUAAACUAUCAAUUACUGAUGUUUAAUCUACACUUACCAUAAAGUCCAAACAAGAAACGCUUUUAUAUACAAUGAAAGGGAACACUUGUGAAUCAUUUAGAAUGGGUACAGUUUACACCUCAAAUGGUAUUAAGUUGUAAUCUAAAUCCUUAAAAUAAAGAUAACCUCAAUAAACAAUGUUAGAUAAGCCUGAUAAUGUUGUUUAUCUAAAUCCGUCUGAACAUUUGAGGCGUGCUUUUUAUAAAUCUCAGGCAAAAUCAGGACCAAAACAUUGUACGAAUCAUAGCUUGGAAAAGCACAAAAUAUAGUCACCUUUUGUGGCAAUAACACUUGCCUUUUUAUCUAUUGAAAACAAUAAGUAAAAAAUUUGCAUAUAUAUAUAUAUAUAUAUGUAAAACAUAUCAUUUUUAUUUUUUCAUAUAAUAGACACAUUUUCUUUCUCUCUCUUCCUAUAUUUCUCUCUUUCUAUAUACAAGUGGGCCUAGUGAAAUUUCAGUCCUAACCCUGAUAGAGAUAUAGAAUGUGACGGCAGAUAAGAACCGUUUGGCCCAUCUAGUCUGCCCAAUUUUCUAAAUACUUUCAUUAGUCCCUGGCCUUAUCUUAAGUCUAGGAUAGCCUUAUGCCUAUCCCAUGCAUGCUUAGACUCCCUCAAAAUGGCUCUUUCACCCAUCCCAUGGUAUGACUGAUGAGAUAUAAAAAACACCCAUAACUUUAAAACUUACUGGGAGCUCAAGGAUUAUCCUUCUACCAAGAAGAGUCUAUAUUUUGCUCUUUCUAUAUACAUGUGGGCCUUAUGAAAUUUCUGCCAAAACCCUGAGAGAACCAAGUGGCUCUUUCAGACCUCCAUUGAAAACAUCCUUAACUUAACAACUAACUAAGGCUUCAAAGAUGAUCCCUCUACCAGUUAAAGGACCACUCUAGGCACCCAGACCACUUCAGCUUAAUGAAGUGGUCUGGGUGCCAGGUCCAGCUAGGGUUAACCCAUUUUUUCAUAAACAUAGCAGUUUCAGAGAAACUGCUAUGUUUAUGAAUGGGUUAAGCCUUCCCCUAUUUCCUCUAGUGGCUGUCUCAUUGAACCACUAGAGGCGCUUGCGUGCUUCUCACUGUGAUUUUCACAGUGAGAGCACGCCAGCGUCCAUAAAAGCAUUAUGAAUGCUUUCCUAUGUGACCGGCUGAAUGCGCGCGCAGCUCUUGCCGCGCGUGCGCAUUCAGCCGACGGGGAGGAGAAGAGGAGGAUCGGAGGAGGAGAGCUCUCCGCCCAGCGCUGGAAAAAGGUAAGUUUUAACCCCUUUCCCCCUUCCAGAGCCGGGCUGGAGGGGGUCCCUGAGGGUGGGGGCACCCUCAGGGUACUAUAGUGCCAGGAAAACGAGUAUGUUUUCCUGGCACUAUAGUGGUCCUUUGAGGGGAAUGGAGUCAUGGAAAAUGACUCAUACUCUUUCCUUUGCUCCUUGACCUGAACGGUAGUGAUAAAUUGGUGGUCUAGGUGAUGCCUUCUCCCUCUGACCUAAUUAAAAUUUUUGUUUUUUUAGAUAUCCUUUGAAAAAAGCAAUGGUUUCUUCCCAAGUAUAAUCCCAUGAACUUUAUCAAUGCUCGUUGUUUUCUAGUCAUAGAGUGACCAACACUUACAUUAGUCAUUGCAUUGAUUGAAUCCAUUUUGGAACGUUCAAUCUCCAACAUGAUUUUCAGAGAAUAUCUCGAAAAACUCAGAAGAGACAAGUUAACAGUCAAACGGCCUUCUUUUAUGAAUACCAAUAAUAAAAGAAAAUAUUAUGCAACAGCACAAAGUACAGAAAGUAAACAAAAAUAUACACGUGUUCAGUAAAAAGUAAGAUUUUACAUUGCACGGAAUCUUUCAUUUUGCUAUCAAUGUACGUGUUAGGAGAGGUGGCAAUGGUGUAGUCAUAUGCCAUCUACCCAGGGUCUGAUCCUAACUCCUAACUCACCAGUUAUCUAAAUAUGUUACUCAACUUGCCUUAUGUGAAAUUAUUAGUUUUUUUUUUUUAAAAUGUAAAUUUGGUUAAUUUCCCACAUCCAAAGGUGGUUUUGGUAUAAUUAUACAAAUUGUCUUUCAACAGCUUUUUCUCAACACUUAUAGAGAAUAAACUGGUAUAGAGAUUGCAUUCCCAUUUUAUUACAAUGGACAAACAAUACACACAUUAUGGUUGUAAGAUGUUAUUAAUGUUCUUCUGCUUUCAUUCAUAGCCGCAUCUCUGGUUGAAACCGCCAAGGAGAAACAAAACCCUGAGGAGUUUAGCAAAGGCCUGGACCAUGUUUUGGGUGAAUUCGCCUUCCCUCCAGAAUUUGUAUUGGAAGUUUGGGAAGCCAUUCGUCAGGCCGAACAUUAGCUUAAAAAUUCCGAACAUACACCUAAGACUUCUUUAUCUUCGAAACACAUGUCUUAUCCUAAUCAUGAAUGGACAAUACGCUAUUGGUUAUAGUACUUUUAUCUCGUGACCUCAAGAAAGAUCACUGAUAUAAUUAUCAAAAAAAUAACAUAAAAUUACAUUUUCCGUCGCUGGAAAAAUAUUUUAAUA